AAAGAAGUGAGAGAUGCAGGCAUUGUGCUACAUACUGUAGUCCUAGCAAUUGGGAGGCUAAGGCAGGAGGAUUGAAAGUUCGGGACAAGCUAAGCCGUAGCAAGACUGUCUCAGAAACCCAACCGUGGGUGGAGGCAAUGCGUGUGUCCAAGCAGACGGAAGCAGGGGGAUCACUCGUUUGAGGUCAGCUUGGUUUACUUACGUCUCCAGGGGGAGUUGAGGAACUCCAUGUGACGGGAUUGUUGAUGAGCUCCAGGUAUGUGGGUCUGAGAGUAGAGAGUGUACUCGGUUGACAACAGAGGCAGGGAGCAGAGACUUCAUGAAGAAGUUCUGACAGAAAGACAACAGCUUCAGGAGACUGACGGGAGGAAGACAUUUUGGUAGAGGAACAGACAACGAUGGAAUGGCACACCAGCAUGGACACAGUGAGGUGCCUCUGAAGACUGUCUUGGGACCAGACCAGGGCACAGGAGGAGGAGUCAGCUCUCAGAGGAUGUGAGAUGCACGGUGUAGGAGCCACCAAGGGGAUUUCAAACAGGGAUCUGCUCGGAUCUGGUUUAGAUUGGUCAGUGCCAAGUUGUGUGGAACAGGAAUUUACUCUGAUUGUUGAAGAUGCACUCCCAUGUGCAGGGCACUCCCCUGUUUGUGUGCAUGUCGGGGCAGUUUUAGUUCUAGCGUCCAGUUAGUUUUUUUUUUUUUUUUUUUUUACUGUAUUAUAUUUAUUUUGUGGGUGGUGGGGUGAGAGGAGAGGCAAGUGCCCACAGUGCACUAGCAGAGGUCACUGGACAGCUCAUGGGAGGUGGUUCCUUUUCUGCUUAGCUGGCCCUGGAAUUUGCUCUGUAGAACAGGUUGGCCUUGAACUUUCUAGGUCCUCUGCCUUGCAAGUGCUAGAAUUAACAGGCUGGUCCCCACCUGCCUGGCUAAAGUGGAUUUAAUGGCAGGCUGUCUGCUGGGUUUCAGAUCCUGGCGUUGGUGUUUGGAACGGGGGUGGUGGUGUGUGAUUGUGUUUGCAGGUGUGCAUGUAUAGGCCAGAGGUCAGCCUCAGGUAUCAUCCCGUCACUGAGACACAUGCCACCACACCCAGCAUUCAUUUGGAUACUGGGGAUCUGAAUUCCAGGUCCUCAUGCAAACAUUUACUCACCAUGUACAUGUCUGGAUUUUGGUAUUUAAAAACAAUUUUAGAUUAUUUUUCUAUGUAUGUUUUUACCUACAUGUAUCUGUGUGCACCACCUUUAUGCCUGAUGCCUAGGGAGGUCAGAAGAGCAUGUUAGAUUCCCUGAAAUUGGAGUUGCAGGGGGUGGUACCACUGUGUGUGAAUGGAGUUCAGAACAUAACCUUGGGAAGUUGGUUCUCUCCCUCCACCAUGUGGGCACCAGGGAUUGAAUUUGGGGUGGGAAGGCUCAGUGACAAGGCUCUUUACCAACUCACUGGCCCAAUGUUGGGGGUUUGUUUUGCUUUUUUAUAUUACUCCAAGCAAGGUUCUUAAAUUCUCCCUCAAUUUGUUUAUAGAGGUGUAGUAUGUACCAUACAGUGUAUGAUUAAAUCAUACAAGACAAUGCGUGUAAAGCCCUUCAAGGACCUCAGCAGUGUACAGAUGUGGUUCAUACCUUCACAGGGUUCACUGGCUAUGGGAAUAUAAUAAAGACAGAUCUGAGCUUCAGAUAUAGCUCAGUGAUAAAGCACUAAUCUAGCAUACACAAAGUCUUAGGUUCAGUUCCCAGUACCACACACCCCUAGGUAGGUAGAUAGGAAGGUAAGAAGAUAGGAUCAAUACAAGGACUGGGGCUGAGGAGGUGAGGUGCUCAGUGCUUAGGGCACUUGUUCUGCAAGCCUGAGAACAAACCCAAGCGCCAGGCAUGGUUCUGCCUCAGCAUACAGGUCUGAAAUUGGCAGUUUCCUGGAGCUCGGUGACCUGCCAGCUAAACAGAAAUGCAAUCCACCGUAUCAGUGAGAGACCCCACAUGAGCCCACUAAGGCGGAGCUCAGUAGAGGAAGUCAAGCCAGUGUCCUGCACCAUGAACUCACAAAUCUGUACAGACUAAUACUGAUGAAAUAUCUGCUAACCCUCAGUAAAGCAGCUUGCUCUGCUCCUGCGGGGACAGGCAUCCUCCAUCCAAAAAGGUUGGGGGACACAUGUCCUUAAACACCUCAGGCUGGUAUCAGCCUUCCUAGUGCUGAGCUUUCUGGCACAAACCAUGUACAGGCCAGGAACUUACACUGCAGUGACUGAGAAGCUGAGGCACUGAAGAUGCAGCCUGCCUAUGUGACUGCCUGUCAUCAGCCUAGACUAGGGAUGCGGAUUGGGAGGGCAGACCUGACACAGGCCCGGUAGAGGCUUCUUGGAACAGUAACAUUGAGCUGCUUGCUGGAGAUGAGCUAAAGAUAGGUGAGAAGAAGGAAUGUUAUGGAGGUUGUCAGCAAAUGUCACACUUGGGGGGAAUCUAUAUUAUAUAUGAGACACUGUCUCUGUCUUCAGACACACCAGAAGAGGGCAUCAGAUCCCAUUACAGAUGGUUGUGAGCCACCAUGUGGUUGCUGGGAAUUGAACUCAGGUCCUCUGGAAGAGCAGCCAGUGCUCUUAACCACCGAGCCAUCUCUCCAGCCCCGAGACCCCUCUUUCACAAUGUCUUUCUAAGAUGAGAUGUAGAGGGGGAGGAGGGGGAGAGCUUACGAAGACACAGACUGGAGAAAUGUCAUCAGGAGAAAGGACAGGAAAAUGAUUCAGAGGUGCUAUCUUCUGGAAACUAAAAAUGAUUCAUACACUAGGCAAGGCCAGAAAUGAGAAGAAGGAAGCAAGAGACAGGUCAUAGGUGGCCCUUGACCUACCUUUAUCCUAAAGAUUUUGAGGCAGAUGGGUCACACACCCAUGAUGCAAACAUUUUGGGAGGAGCACUGCAUAUUUGAGGCCAGCCUUCACUAGACCUAGCGAGUUACAGGCCAGCCUGGGAUACUUCUCUCAAAAAAACCGAAAAUAAACAACUCUGAAACGGGCAUGGCAGGUGAAGGGGGCGGGAGGCCCUGUGCUGUGGCUGAAGAAAUAGACGCUCAGUGCAAAGGCUUUGGCUGCUCUUGCAGAAGACCUACCUAAGUGUGGUUCCCAGCCAGGCAGUGGCUCACAAGUGCCUGUAACUCCAGCUCCCAGGGAUGUGACUUCUCUGACCUUCCUGCACUUGUGUACAUACCUACAUGCAGACAAAUAGGUUUUAAAGUUUGAAAGUUGUUUUAAAGAGGCCAGCCUCACUAGGCAAGGUAGUGCACACCUUAAUCCCAGCACUCCAGAGGCAGAGGUAGACCAAUCUCUGUAAGUUCAAGGCCAGCCUGGUCUACAAAGUGAGUUGCAGGACAGCCAGGGCUACACAGAGAAACCCUGUCUGGAAAAACUAAAACCAAAACAAAGGCCAGCCUGGGCUACAUAGUAAAACUUGAAGAUAUAACUUCCUUGGUAGAAGUGUGUGUCUAGAAUCCCCAAAGCCCUGGUCUCUGGUACCCUUUAAAUCCCUGUGUGGUACAUGUCUAUAGCCCCGACAUUUGGGACAUGGAGUCAGAGGGUCAGAGGUUCAAGGCUACAUAGUGGAUUCAGGUAUACAAGGUCUGUCUCAAAAAAAAAAAAAAAAAAUUGUAGCACCUAGGCAUGGUAGCACACAUGUGGAAUCUCAACACUUUCAAAGUUAAGAUAAAAUAAUGUAGAGUUAAAAGGUUAGCCUGGGGGGUUGGGGAUUUAGCUCAGUGGUAGAGCGCUUGCCUAGGAAGCGCAAGGCCCUGGGUUCGAUCCCCAGCUCCGAAAAAAAGAAAAAAAAAAAAAAAAAAAAAAGGUUAGCCUGGAUGGACUGGAGAGAUGGCUCAGUGGUUAAGAGCACUGACUGUUCUUCCAGAGGUCCUGUGUUCAAUUCCCAGCAACCACAUGGUGGCUCACAACCAUCUGUAAUUGGAUCCCAUGCCCUCUUCUGUCAUGCAGGCAUACAUGCAGGCAGAAAGCUGUAUGAUGUAUACAAAAUAAAUAUUUUUUAAAAAGGUUAGCCUGGGCUACGUAACAAGUGGGGUAGGAGGGUAGUUCAGUAGUGAACACUUGGGACAAUAUGCACCAGCCCUCUGGGUCUGAUCCCUCACGUGUACAUGUACAGAGAUUCCUAUUCUUAUAUGAUGCUACUCAAAACUCUAGAAAAUACAAAAAUAGUGAUAGUUUCUUUAAAAGGUAAACAUACAGACUAUGUGGUAACAUACAUCCAAAAUCCCAGCCUGAUCUACAGAGUUGAGUUCCAGGCCAGCUAGGACUACACAGAGAAAUCCUGUCUUGAAAAACAAAAAGAAUUGUUUUGAGAUACAGGAUUUGGGGAAAGAUGGAAAUAAAAAAUGAAAAUAAAAAAACAUUUCUGUUCUGAAUUACUGGGUAAGUGGUGAUGAUACCAUAAUCAAAAGAAAAUAAAACUGGGAGAGGAGAGGGUGCAGUCAGGUGGGGAGGCACUGAUUUUGUGGAUUUAGGACAUACUGGCAAAACUAUACAGUGGAAGUGGGAAGGUGGAGGGCCAGGGCUGCAGCUCAGUGGUAGAGUACUCUCCUCAGAGGUGUCAGGGCUGCAUGUGAUCUCCAUCCAAACAAGGUAAACAACAGAAGCCUUGCUGAAUGUGUGCACAGAACUAAGACCGAGGGAAGGUGAGCUUGCCUCUCAUGUGGUCUCAGGUGGAGACCCCAGCUUAAGCUACAAAUGCUAGGGACUGGGGCCCAAAUUGAAUGAAGAAAGCUCAUCAAAAUUGGGAGAAUCGAGCUGGAGAGAUAGCUCAGUGGUUAAGAGCACUGACUGCUCUUCCAGAGGUCCUGAGAGUUUAAUUCCCAGCAACCACAUGGUGGCUCACAACCAUCUGUAAUGGGAUCUGAUGUCCUCUUCUGGUGUAUCUGAAGACUGCUACUGUGUACUCAUACAUAAAAUAAUAAUUAAAUGUAAAAAUAAAACAAUCUGGGCUAAGAAGAAGGCUCAGCAGCAUUAAAGCACAUGUGUGACUGGUGACCUCAGCUCAGUCCCUGGAGUCACUUAAAGCAGGUCCACCAGGUAGUGAUGGCAUAUGAUGCCUUUAAUCCCAUACUGAUUUGAGGCCAGCCUGGUCUACAGAGUUUCAGGACAGCCAAUGCUACAUACAGAGGGAAACCCUGUCUCCAAAAACAAGAAGCCAAAUUUGAUGGCUGAGAUCUGUAAUCCCAGUGAGAUGAGAGGCAGAGGUAGCAGCAUUAAUGGAAGCUUUCCUAUCCAGAAAUAAGAGAAAUCCUGCCUCAGAAAGAAGAUGGAGGGCAAGAGCCUACAACAGAGGUUGUUCUGUGACCUAUACAUGCCCACCAUGGCCCGCAUAUACAUACAUACACAUGUACAUACAUACGGUGACCUGAGCUAGGUUUGGAGGGAAUGUAGCUCCAUUUUAGAAUUUUGCUUACCAUCACGUAACCCUGUAGCAUUGGAAACCAGCUGCGGUGUGGAAACACAUGCCUAUAAUCCCAGCAUUGGCAAGGUGGAAGCAGGGAGAAUCAGAAAUGCAAAGCCAUCUGCUGCUGCUGAUUAACUAAAUAUGAGGUCAGUCUGAGGCACAGGAGAUUCUGUCCGAAAGAAGAGUAGAGGGGUUGGGGAUUUAGCUCAGUGGUAGAGCGCUUGCCUAGCAAGCGCAAGGCCCUGGGUUCGGUCCCCAGCUCCAGAAAAAAAAAGAAAAAAGACAAAAAAGAAAAAGGGGACUGAAUAUCUACUUGAUUUGUAACUUCUAGCCUUCCCAAAACGGUUAUCAAUAGAUCGGUGGAGAUGAAACCCUGCGUGUAGAACUGAAUGCUCCAGGGCUACUUGGUAGUGAAGGGAAGAAUGGUUUAAGCAGCUGAACAUGGUGGGUGGUGCUCUUCAUCCCAGGAGGCAGAAGCAGGAAGACCACAGCCAGUCUGAACUACAAGUCUGCAGCCUGCCUGGCAUGUAUCUCGGAAAGGGGGAGGGGAGUAGACACAUGUGAGGGACUGCGUAGGGGAUAAGUAGACCUGGGCUCUCAGAGGGAGAGCAUGGGCCGAGGUCAGGUGCGAGUGGUUCUGUUACAUGACAGCCCCAGUCAGCAUACAUUUAUUGAGCUCCCACUGUGUGCCAGCCUAGAUGCUCUAUUUCGUCAGCUGGGUAGGAAGUUAGUUAUAAGGAAAGGGUGUUGUCCUUGUCCUGUCUGGACUCACAGCAGUUUAUGAUUAGAAGUAGGCAACUGGUGGCUGACCCUCUCUGGCCACUACCUUCUUUAUUAGGAAGGCUGUAGAUUGAACCCAGAGCCUCACAUAUCUGGGCUAGUCCUUUACCACUGUCUAGUUACUCCCAGCUCUGUGAACUCAAAUGUUAAAGUCACUUGUUGCAUUGAGGCAGAAGCUGGGUUGGGAGUUUUAAAAGAGCAACCAUAAGAGGAUGCAGAAGACAGGCUGAGCUGGGCAGUGAAGCACAUCUUUAACCUCAGCACUUGGGACACAGACAGGCAGGCGGAUCUUCAAGUUCGAGGACAGCCAGGGCUACACAGAGAAACCCUGUCUCAGGGAAAAAGAGGGGUAGGAUGGGGGAUUGAAAGAGAAGGGAACAAAAGAAAAGCCCGCCCCAAAAUAAUAGGUAAAAAGGACAGCAGAAGCCAGAAGGAUAUGCAGCCAUGGAAUCAUUGUUCUGAAGGCAGCCGAGGAUGCAUGUGGACAGCAAUGGUCCAGGAACAAACUGGAAACCAGGAACGUGAGUACCAGCGCCUAGUCUCUUAGCUUAGGAGGCCUCAGCUGCCUGGGAAGAGGGCCAGAGAACAAAGGGUAAGGUUCUGGUGACCAACAGUGUGAAGACUCCGCCUGUCCUACUUAGAUAAGAAGCCUAGGAAGUUACCAUCCACUGUCCAACAGAAUUCUUUCCCAAGUUAAAGAAUAGGUGAUUCAGCUGUGGCGGAAGUGAGUAACUGGGAAGCUUCAGAGAGGCCACAGGGAUGUGGUUGGAAUUUGAGACUUGUGAGUUGGACUGAGUUGGGUGCCUAGUAAGGUGGAGAGUGGGGAUGGUUCAGCUACUAAGGGACUUGUCAUCACUUAAGGCUGUGAAGUUGAGGACUUACAUAUCUGAGGUUUGUUCUGUUAUUUUAGGAAGAUAGAAUUUUGUUUGUUUUGAAGGGGGGGGGGGUGUCCUGCCUGAAGCCCAGGCUGGCCAGCACUUCCUUAAAUGGGUACUUGACCUUGAGUCUCUCCCUCCCCCACCCGCUGCUGAGCCGUGCUUCCAGCCACUGCUGUUUUCGUGGCAGUAGUUCCCCAAGCUUAAUUAACACACAAACAAUUAAAGAGUUAAUAAUCCAGAGAGAGUGGGUUGGGGAUUUAGCUCAGCAGUAGAGCGCUCGCCUAGCGAGCACAAGGCCCUGGGUUCGGUCCCCAGCUCUGGAAAAAAAAAAAAAGAAAAAGAAAAAAAAAAAAAGAAUAAUCCAGAGAGAAUCCAGUUUCAGUCCCUGGCACCCAAAUGGCAGCUCACAACCGUGUGCAAGCUGCAGCCUCUGCAGGCACCAGGCACACUGGCGUACAGACAGACAUGCAAAUACUCAUACUCAUAAAAUACUGCUUUAGAUUUAAAUACUCAGAUACAUCUCGAAAAGAAAAAAGAAUGGUGACCUCUAGGGGAAGCUCAUCUGGGUCACUGGAUCUUAACCUCAUUACAUUGUUUUUAUUAGCAUUUACUAAUGAUACUCAGUGGCUUUGUUAUGACACUUUGCACACAUAUAUAUUUGGAUAUUUUAUUCUUAGCCACACCCAUCGCUUCCCCCUCACUCCCACUGAUCCCAAUGAAUUUGAUUAGAAACGCCUUGUUUAGGAAGCCUUUCCUGUUUUAUUUUGUUGUUGAGACAGGGUGUCUUGUUGUCCAGGGCUCUUCUUAAGCUCUGUGUGGCCAAGGAUGACCCUGAUCUCCUGUUUCCCUCUACCUUCCUAGUGCUUCCAGUACAGAUGUAAGCAAACCAUGGAGUUGAACCCGGGGCUGCAUGCGUGCACCUUUCCCUGGCUACCCCCAUCCAAAUGGACUUUCUGCACAAGGAAAAUUAAAUUAUCUAAUUUAGAAAAGAACUAAGAGACUUGGAGAAUUGAGUUGGUGGAAUAUUUAAAUGAAUCCAGGAUUCCAUGAGUGUGGAGAGAUGGGGUGAAGUUCAGGGUCUUCCUAGAGUAGGAAAAAGAACAAGAAGAGGCAAGCGCUUACUCUGAUGGGAUUGAAUCUGAGGUGGGAAGGGCCAGUGGCCAAGAGCUACCUACUCAGCAGAGCCUGUACCUCCGAGGGCCCUGGUUCAAGCUCCAGGGCUUCAAUAAAUAAAAGUCUGAAGGAUGAGCUACCGUGUGGCAAGCUUCUGUAACCCCAGCAGCACUGGAUAGCUAAGGUAGAAGGGUCAGCAGUUCAAGCCAUGUGGCAGGUCGAGUCAGCCUGGACUUCAAGAGCCCAUCUUUAAAGAACAGAAAUAAAAACCAUGGAAAUCUAAGUUACUAGGAAACUGUAUUUGCGGGGGUUUACAGGAUGGCAACAAACCGAGCAGAACAAAUCUAGUCUAAAAUUUCCCAAAUUUGUAAGUCUGCUUUAUGAGGAAAGAAGAGCAAAAGAACCUGCCCUGGGAGGAACUAAGAAACCCUGGAGGGGGAAGGGGCAACUUCCUCUGGCUGAACGGACCUCGGCCCCGCCCACAUGGAAAUGUGUAGCCCUCACUAACAGCCUUUGCCACCCUUAGCCAAAUGAAGUGUUGGCAUGCGUUGUACAUGUGAUGAUAAGCUCUCAGUUGGGUGUUGUGGUUCCUGUGACUAAUCCCAGCUACUACAAAAGUUGAGGCAGGAGGAUAGGGGAUGGGUGGACACCUGACGUCUGCCUCAUAAAAAUCGUUUUAGUACUAACCAAGAAACCCCUUGGUGCUCGAUUCUCUGAGUGGUGAGUGGUAGUGUUAAGUCCUACCUCUGAGAGAAUGUUAUAUAUAUUAAAAAAAAAAAGACGUGGGGCUGGGGAUUUAGCUCAGUGGUAGAGCGCUUACCUAGGAAGCGCAAGGCCCUGGGUUCCGUCCCCAGCUCCGGAAAAAAAAGAACCAAAAAAAAAAAAAAAGACGUUUGGAGGGAAAAAAAUUAGUACAAAGACCAUGUCAUCCAGCCCAAACAAAUGGAAUAGAAUCUUUAUUUACUUACCUAACAAGCAUUACAUUCCUUUCUAGAUUUAAUUUUUCUGUUAUAUUUUUUAUGUAUAUGAGUGUUGCGGGGGGGGGGGGGCUGGAGAGAUGGCUCAGUGGUUAUGAGCACUGACUGCUCUUCCAGAGGUCCUGAGUUCAAUUCCCAGCAACCACGUGGUAGCUCACAACCAUCUGUAAUAAGAUCUGAUGCCCUCUUCUGGUGUGUCUGAAGACAGCUACAGUGUACUCACAUACAUAAAAUAAAUAAAAUUAAAAAAUCUUAAAAAGAAGUGGUUGCCUACAGGUACAUAUGUGCACUACAUCUGCGUAUGGCUGGAAGUCAGAGGAGUCAGGUUGUGACCCACCAUAGGGAUGCUAGACACCAACCAAACUGUGUCCUCUCUCAGGAGCAAGACAUGCUUUUUAACUAAGCCAUCUCUAUUUUGUGUGCAUCUGUGUUUUACCUGCAUGUGUGCCUGUGCAAAGGUGUCUGAUCCGCUAGAACUGGAGUUACAGUUGUGAGCUGCCAUGUGGUUGCUGGGAUUUGAACUCAGGUCCUCUGGAAGAGCAGCCAGUGCUUUUAACAGCUGAGCCAUCUCUCCAGCCUCCAAACACUAACUCCCCCCCCCUUUCCUUCCUUCUUUCUUUCAUUCGUUCCUAUCUUUCUUUCCAUUAUAAGUACAUUGUCAUUAUCUUAAGACACACUAAAAGAGGGCAUCAGAUUCCAUUACAGAUGGUUGUGAGGCACCAUGUGGUUGCCAGAAAUUGAACUCAGGAACUCUGGAAGAGCAGUCAGUACUCUUAACCACUGAGCGAUCUCUCCAGCACCACUAAAUUUUUUACUUUUAAGAUUUAUUUUAUAUAUGUGAGUACACUGUAGCUGUCUUCAGACACACCAGAAGACAGCAUCAGAACCCAUUACAGAUGGUUGUGAGCCACCAUGUGGUUGCUGAGAUUUGAACUCAGGACCUCUGGAAGAGCAGUCAGUGCUCUUUACCGCUGAGCCAUCUCUCCAGCCCCACUAAAUUCUUAAUACCAAUCAUUAAACUAUUUUGUGUGGCUUUGAAAGUCCUUAUGAUUAUAGUUUUUCCUCUCCUUAGGUGUCUGUUUGAAUGCUAACAUGCAAUUUUGUUGUCUCAAAUGACUGUUUUAUAUUCUUGGUGGCUUCUGGGUUUUGAGACAGGUUCUCAUGUAGCUACAUUGGCCCUAAUUCCCUAAGUAGCUAAAUAUGACCUAGAACUCCUGAAGUUGAAACAGGAGCCUGCUCCUUGGGGCCAAUCCCACAACCUGAAUCAUGCCAUGUUUCCCUACAUAUUUCUGGGGGUAACAGGGAAUUAAGAAAGCAGUCUUGUCAUUGGCCAGCUCUUCAUUUAUGGUACCUCCAUACCCUUUGUCAUGUUUGCUCUGCUGAACUAAAUCACAUGACGCAGAAUUCCCCAUCCAAACCUUUCAGGUCUUUCCUUUGUCCUGGGGAUUUUGGUCUGGAGACUCUUCAGGGGGACUUUGCCUAGGAAUUUUGGCCUGGAACUUGCUAUGUAGAGCAGGCUGGCCUAUGUAGAUCCACUAACCUCUGCCUCCCCAGAGCUUAGCCUCCAUUCUCACCCCUCUCCUUAAUUAAUUCUUUAAGAAUUUCAUACAGUGUAUCUUAGUGGUGUUCACCCCAACGCCUCCCAAGCCCACCUCCCACACCCCCGUGCUUUGUGUGCUUUGGUUUAUGUGCUGGGUGUUUUGCUUACAUGUGUGUCUGUGCCAUGUGGGUGCCUGGUGCCCACAGAAACGAAAAGAGGAAGUCUGAUCUCCUGGAAGUGGAGUGACAUGUGGGUGCUGGGAACCAAACCGAGAUCCUCUGGAGCCAUCAUUUUUAAUAACCUGUGAGCUCCCCUUUGUGCUGUAGUUAUUCCUGGGUGUAGGGCCAUCCACAGGAGCACUGGAGCCUGAAAACCGGUGCUCCCUCCCCACCUCUCUUGUUAGAUUAGUAAGUUUCUCUGUGUAGCCCUGGCUGGCUAUCCAUGAACUCACUCUGCAGACCCAGGCUGUCCUGGAUCUCAGAGACCCACCUCCCUCUGCCUCUGCCUCUGCCUCUGCCUCUGUCUCAGCCUCUGCCUCUGCCUCUGCCUUCGCCUCUGCCUCCAAGUGCUGGAAUCAAAGGUGUGCACCACCCCACCACUGUCGGACAUACUGGCUUGAUCUUAGGAAGUGACCACAAGCUGCUGUACAUUCCCAAGCGCAGUGAGUGGUCUUGUCAUGUCCACAGUACAGCAUUUUCCUCUGGUUCUGCCUAACCUCGCCAGGGUGGUGUAGGUGGCCCAUCUGUGGCUGAGAACUGCCAUCAUUUAUUGUCCAUGCGUUGAUCACUUGUGAGGUUUUGCAUUAAUUGCCAUCCACUGCACCAAGGUCUCUGGUGAGGUCUGAGAGCCACAUGUAUCUAUGGGCUCAGAGACAUGAAUCUAGAGGGCAGUUUCAUACUACGUCCAUUUAGCAGUAGACAGUUACAUGUUCACCUCUGGACCUCUGAGCUCCCAAACCAUGGGUUUUCGCCAGUGAAGAGGCCUUAAAUCUAGUCAGAGCCAUUAGUGGCUCACACCUUUAAUCCCAGCACUUAGUAGGCAGAGGAAGGUGGAUCUCUGAGUUCGAGGCCAGUCUGGUCAUCUUCAGAGUGAGUUCUAGGACAGCCAGGGCUACAUAGAGGAAAUCCUGUCUCCAAAAAAAAAGAAAAAGAAAAAGAUUCACCCCAAAAGCCAUUACUGUGCCUGUCUUGCCACACUGAUUGUUACUGCAGUUCAGAGGUCACAGCUGAGUAAGGCUGUUGACUCCCUCCCCAGAAGCCUAAAUAUGCUUAUGCUAAUAAAAAUGUAGUUUUAAAAAGACCUGAAGGCCAAUGAAUAACUGUUUCUGACCUUGGAAACAGCAGCCUUCUACAAGGUCCCUGGGUCUAAACAAAUGCCAUUAGUUGUGGAAAUGCCCCUUGUUACUUGCCUUUGAAACCCUCCAGUGACCAGCGUGAGCUCUGAGAAGGAUGCUGGAGCCACACUGUGGUGCAUGAAAGGAGACCAUGAUAAACUGACCAUAGGAAUGAAAGCUUUGACUUCUGCACUUGGAGGCAGAGGGAGGCGGAUCUCUCCACAGACUCUAACUGUGGCUCUAGUCACAGCAGCCAGGAAGUGGAAACAGCCCAGAUGAAUAUAUAGACGUGGAGUGUGUACACAUAGAGUGGAGUUGAUUCAGCCAUAUACAAGAAUGACAAAUACGUUUGUCUAGACUGCACAAAUAUUGGACUUGACAGUAGAAGGGGGCUAUUUAAGAGGAGGAAGAGGGUCAACAGGAGGGGGAAUAUGUGCAAAAUACAUGUUUAAUAUACAUAUAUGAAAAUCCCAUAAUGAGCCUCUGGUUUUGAGCAGUGAACAUAUGCUAAUCCUAUUUUAAGAAGAUGGGGACCACUAAACAAAAAUGCCUCUACUGUGGGCCACGUUCCUGAAAAGCUGGAGGCUGCUGUUGGUGGGAGACAACAGCCACGGGUUCCACUCCCCUCAACAACUCAGUUUGAGCACCGCACUGGGUGUGCUCGUUCACAGACAGGAAAUAAAUCAGGAUAUAUGUUUGCCCAAUUGGACCUGAUGGGAAAUAUGGUGCUUUAUGGGGUUUAUCUUUUUUUUUUUUUUUUUUUCCUCAGAGCUGGGGACCGAACCAGGGCCUUGUGCUUGCUAGGCAAGCGCUCUACCACUGAGCUAAAUCCCCAGCCCCGGGGUUUAUCUUUUUAAGCCUGAAUGUGACUGGCCAGAGUCCAUCAUCCUGACAAGUAUAUAAUUAAAGCUUGUUUCAAAUUUGUCUUUAAAAAAUAAAAGAGGGGGUUGGAGAGAUGGCUCAGUGGUUAAGAGCACUGAUUGCUCUUCCAGAGGUCCUGAGUUCAAAUCCCAGCAACCAUAUGGUGGCUCACAACCACCUGUAAUGAGAUCUGAUGCCCUCUUCUGGUGUGCCUGAAGACAGCUACAGUGUACUUAUAAAUAAUAAAUAAAUCUUUAAAAAAAUUAAAAAAUAAAAGAAGGGGGUUGGGGAUUUAGCUCAGUGGUAGAGCGCUUGCCUAGCAAGCGAAGCACAAGGCCCUGGGUUCGGUCCCCAGCUCUGGAAAAAAAAAAAAAAGAAAAGAAAAGAAAAGAAGAUGGGGGCUGUCAAGAAGGCUCAGAGGUUAAGAGCACUGACUGCUCUUCCAGAGGUCCUGAGUUCAAUUCCCAGCAACCACAUGGUGGCUCACAGCCUUCUGUAAUGAGAUCUGAUGCCCUCUUCUGCUUUUCUGGUGUGUUUGUAGACAGCAACAGUGUACUCACAUUCAUAGAAUAAAUAAAUCUUCUUUAAAAAAAAAAAAAAAAGAGAUGGACUGGGCUUGCUUUUUUGUUUGUCUUUUGGAGGCCGGGACUCAUGUAUCCUAGUCUGGCCUAGAACUCAACUUUGUAGCCAAGGAUGACCCCUUAAACUCCUGCUCCACCUGCCUCUACUUCCCAAGGGCUAGGAUUACAAGCGUGUACCAGCAUACUCGGUGCAAAUGGUACUCAGGCACAAACACCGGGUCUGUGCAUGCUAGGCAAGCACUCUGCCCAUGCUAGAUCCACACAGUCUCUGUGAAGCCUUAGUAAAUCUGUCAGCAGAUUCAGAUAGAAAGACUGGAUAGAAUUUACAUAACAUCAAGUUUUCUCAAAUCAUCCCUGGAUUUCCUCCUUGGAUCAUGCUCUCAGAGUCUUUCCUUUCCCAUGUUAGAAACAAAAUCUCAACAUUAGCUCAGGCUGACCUAGAACUUACCUGUCUGUCCUCCCACCUCAGCAUCCUAAAUGCUGGGAGGUUACAUCUGUGCAUUGCCAGACAACACACAGUGUUCUUUUCAAAAUUACAUUCAAACUGUUGUUCACCUUUAUAUACUUGUUUGGAGGAAUGUGUGUGCAGAAACCUGAAGAGGGCAGGUACGGGCUGUUCUAUGUUAACCUGAGAGAGGUGCUGGGAGCUGGAAUGGUGUCCUCUGGAAGGGGAGUGAGGAUUCUUAAGUGCUGAGCCACCUCUCCAGUCCCAAAAUAAUAGUAAUAAAAUAAAAAAAGAUUAUUACAUUUAUGGCAUGCGUGCAUGUCAAGUGCAGCUGUGUGUACACGGAGGGCAGAGGACAGCUUUGGGAAGUCAGUUCUCUCCUCCACCACAUGAGUCCUGGAGAUUGAACGCAGGUCUUUAAGUUUGGAGGGAGGUGACCUUACCCUGAGCUGUUUUGACCUAUGCUUGUUUUUAACCAGAGCCAAAAUUCAGCCAACAGAAUUUCAAACUGCAAACUGGGUUGUGGUCCUGCAGACCCGUAACUCCAGCACUUGGGAAGGGUAAGCAGGAAGCUCAAGAAUUCAAAAACUGUCUUUGGCUACAGGGAGUCUGAAGUAAGUGGGGCUACAUGAAACUGAAACCCUGGGGGGAGGGGGAGGAGAAGGAGGGGGAGAGAGAGAGAGAGAGAUUUUCAAACAUCAACAAGAGCAAUGAGGCAGGUUUUUGGUUUUUGGGUUUUGUUUUGGUUUGAUUUUGGCAGGGACAGUGGACUGUGACUAAAGCUAUCCCACGUGAAUCCUAACUCAGCCUCACAAAGGAAAGUCCUGGCAUCACUCAGUUGUCAUGAGUCUUGCUUUGACAUUAAAGGUCAUUUCAAAGUGCUUUUUAUGAUUAGGACAAUCUGAGUCAUUCUCCCGCUUCCUCUACUGGAUUUCUGCAUCACUUCCUCUUCUAAUGGUCCUAAAGUACGCAAAAUACCCAGGAUGGGUGUGGCAGUACGUGCAAACCCAGAUACUUAAAGCUGGAGGCAGAGGAAUGGCUUGAGCCUAGGAGUCUUGAGUUCUGCCGGGGCAACACAGUGAGAUCUGGAAAGAGGCCAGGGAAGGAGAGGAGGGGAGCAGAGAAGGCAGGAGACAUAGAACCACCAGAACUUGGUGACACAGUGCUUGCCUGACAUGGAUGAAUCCUUGGGUUUCAUUCACAAGACCACAGCUGGGGGUGUGGCUCAGUCACUCAAAGCCCUAGGUUUACUCUCCGGCACCACACUGGAGGUGACCACAUGUCACACAGCUCUGGCCUGAGCACUCAGAAGGUGGGGGCAGCUUACCUUUAGCUACACAGUGAGUUCUCGGCCACCCUGAACUCUGCAGAUUCUGGCUCAGACAAAAUAAAACAAGAGAAAAGAAUAAAAGUACAGGGUUUUGAGAAUUUGGGAACUAGUGGGUCAUUAGAGCUCCCUGAGUUCUGUGCAGUCAGUCACAAGUGAUGUAAACAAGGUUGAGAAAUCCUUUUUCCUGGCUGCAUGACCUCUGUCAAGUAGCUUCUCCUAAAUCCAGAUUCUCUCCUCUAGAUGACUUUUUAAAAGGUUUUUAUUACUCUAGUCAUACGUAUGGACGUAUGUAUAUGUGUCUGGACCGAGGUAUGCGCACGUGAGUGCAGGUGCCUUGCAGACCAGAGAGGAUGUGGGUUCCUAUGAGCUUGACUUGCAGGUGGUUGGGAAACAGCCAACGUUGUGCUGGGAACCAAACCAACCGCUGAGCUCUCUCUCCAUCCCAACUGAUUGAUUUAGCUAUUUUUGGGCUUUUGUUUUUUGGGUUUUUUUUUGUUGUUGUUGUUGUUGUUUUGAGACAAAGUCUUGCUAUACACCCCUGGCUUGCUACACAGCCCUGGUCUUGCUACACAGCCCUGGUCUUGCUACACAGCCCUGGCCUUGCAGCUGGGUUCCUGCCUCUGGGAGCUGGAAUCACAGGUGUCCACCACAGUACCUGCUCGGAGUGAGCUGAUUCAAGGCAAGGCGAAGGUGAACUCAGAAUAGAUUGCUCUGUGCUGCAAACUGACUCCAGAGAUUCCUCACUGGACCACGAGCUGUACCCGGGGGGGGGGGGGGGCAGUGUUGACUACGUUUGUUAGAAGCAAACUACACACUCUCAAACUUCUGAGACAGGAGGAUCACAAGUUUGAGGUCAUCCUGGGCUAUGGGCUGGAGAUGGCUCAGUGGUUAAGAGCACUGCACUGCACUGUACUGCUCUUCCAGAGGUCCUGAGUUCAAAUCAAAUCCCAGCAACCAUAUAUAUGGUGGCUCACAACCAUUUGUAUACAAUUUAAAAAAAAAAAAAAAGAGGGAAAGAAGGGGAAGAAACCUCACAGGCCAGCACCUUUAUUAGCACAACUGAGGUCUGUCGGUGUUUGAGCAGCAUAAUUUGUGCUCUGAGGCUGCCUUCUGCCUUUCAAGAUGUUUACUGAUGGGCUGGAGAGAUGGAUCAGUGGUUAAGAGCACUGACUGCUCUUCCAAAGGUCCUGAGUUCAAAUACCUGCAACCACAUGGUGGCUCACAAUCACCUAUAAGAUCUGAUGCCCUCUGGUGUGUCUGAAGACAGCUACAGUGUACUUAUAUGUAAUAAAUAAAUCUUUAAAAAAAAAGAUGUUUACUGACAUCACUGGCAAGCCUAACGUUGGCUCACACUCAUAACCCCAGUACCCAGAAGCCAGAGGCAGGAGGAUCACUGAGUUUGAGGUUAGCUUGGACUACAUAGAACCAAGUCAGCCAGGCUACAGAACCAGAGCCUGUAUCAAAAAAAGAGAGACCCACAAACACAAAGAUUGUCAAAUGCCCCCUGGAGUUUCCUAGGAAGAAUUCCAGAGCCUAGCCUCAGUUUCAUGCCUCAGUGACACAGGGGCUACCACAGCAUCAGGUGGGACUUUCCUGGGCUUUGGAAAUGCUUCCUGGUUCAGAGACUGACUUCUGCUAGAGGAUCAGGGUUUAAUCCCCAUCACCCAAAAGACUGAUCAAGUCUGUGACUCCAGUCCCAGGGGACCCAAUCCCCUUUUCUAGAUGCUGAAGCACACACUUCCAGACAUGCACCCUUAUAGACACACACCCACACACCACACCACACAUGCUCCCAGGCAUGCAUGCGCGCACACACACACACACACACACAGAUGGGAGUCUCCCCUCUUUUCCCCUCAGUGGGUGGCCUCGAAAGUGGCACCUGGGGUGAAAAUGGGAAGCCACAGCCUCUGUCCUUCCUCUUGCUCAUGAAGGGGAUCCCCCAAUUGGAUAAAAGUUUACAUAAUUGGUAAAAAUAUCACAAAAUAUUUGCAAAACUUGGUUUUACCUGUGAGUGCUAUAAAUCAAGGUCGGGACUUGAGCCCCUUUUAGGCUGAUGUACAGAGGUCAUAGGUCAGCAAACAGUGCUUGCCUAAGCCUGGAGCCGCCCAGCAUUGAAGACACCAAGAAGGAGGGUCAAGAGUUCAAGGCUACGAGAGACGUCAUCUCCCCUCCCCCACUCCCUAAAAAAAAAAGACAAAAUAGAAGCGGAGUGUCUGCCUCACACCCUGAGUUUGAUCCUCAGAACCAGCAAAUUAAAAACAAAGCCUUUUGGGGCUGGGGAUUUAGCUCAGUGGUAGAGCGCUUACCUAGGAAGCGCAAGGCCCUGGGUUCGGUCCCCAGCUCCGAAAAAAAGAACCAAAAAAAAAAAAAAACAAAAAAAAAACAAAGCCUUUUCUUGCGGGGCAGUGGUGGUGCAUGCCUUAAAUUCCAGCACAGUAGGAGGUAGAGGCAGGUGGAUCUCCUUGAGUUGAGGCCAGUCUGAUCUGAGGAACAAGUUCUAGGACAGCCAGGGUUGUGUCACACAAAGAAACUUUGUCUCAACAAAAACAAAACCCGUUUUCUUACUGUGAGAGGGAGUAAGGAUAGGAGAGACCAGAAAAUGUGCCUUUGAUUGGAGGUUACAUGGAGACAUAUUUUUUCUUUCUUUUUGAAAUGAUAUGUCUCCAUGCCCACCUGCAGGUCUCCCAAGUAUUAGGAUUAAUGGUGAGCACCACCUUGGAGGGCCCCUGCAGAGUAUGUUAAUAAAGGACCUAGCUUAAGGGUUUAGAGUGAAAGAGAGGUGCCUGAAGCCCGUGAGACAUAGGAGCCGGGAGGCGAAAACAAUGUUGUUGUUUUUCUGCAGUCUUCCUUACUUACUACCACUUACUUCCCCUAGCCUGCACUUACUGGGGUCCUUGGCCACACUUGAGCAAUUCAAACUAUACAGUCACAGAAAGGCAGGAAGCAGAUGGUUGCUAUAGAGAUGGUCUACUUACACACUGGAAAAGGACCAGGAUGAACAGCAGUUCCUGCUCUUGCUUGGGCUGACUUUUCCUCUUAACUUGCAGCAUUUAUUUCUGUGUCUCCUUUUCUCAUGUUUACACUUUCUCCCGAUUCCCUGCUGGUUCCCAGCUCUCCCGCACUGUUCUGAGUUCCCUCUUUCCCCUUGGGAGAUCACAGUUUAAACUGAAUUACAGGGGGUUUAGGGGAGGGAGAGGAAUAACAGCAAAGUAUGACAUAAAUGUAUGGAAAUAACGAAACCCAUUACUUUACAUGCUAAUUUAAAAAACAAUGUUUGAAAGCUGGGAGUAGUGCCCCAUCCCUGUAAUCCCAGCUCUCCAGAGGCAGAGGCAGGUGGAUCUCGAUUUGGUCACUCUGGUCUACAGAGUGAGUUCCAGGACAGUCAGGGCUACACAGAGAAAGCUGGUUUUGAAAACCCCACAACAAACAAACUUAAAAAAUAAAGCAACCAAACAUUAAUUAACUGGACGAGGUGGCUUAUCCCUACAGUCCCAGCUCUCAGAGGUAGAAGCCAAAGGAUCAUAAAUGUAUGGUCCAGGCAGCAAGAUCCCUCAGCAGGCAGAGGAGCUUACAGCCAAGUUGAGGUCAUAAAUUCAAUCUGCAGGGCCUAAGGUGUCCUCUGAGCACUCACUGCCACACACACAAACGAAUAAAACAUACUAAUAUUGGGACAUCCCUAGCUACAUAGCGAUAAAAGUCAUACUUGCGGGGUUGGGGAUUUAGCUCAGUGGUAGAGUGCUUGCCUAGCAAGUGCAAGGCCCUGGGUUUGGUCCCCAGCUCCAGAAAAAAAAAAAAAAAAAGAAAAAAAGAAAAAGAUAAAAGUCAUACUUGCCUAAUCUAAUAUAAGGGAUGAAGGGGGGAGCAACAGACAUUUUCCUAGGCUUGGGGUGUGUACUGUGCAAACCUAUUCAAGAGGCUAACUGCAUGGCCUAACACACUGUUACAGUUACCACUUUAGGAUUCAUGGGACAUUCAUGGGAGUUUUUAGAAAAUAAAAUACUUGUUUUUGUAUUUUCUCUCUUGGGUGAGUGGAGAUGUUUGCUUUUGUUUAACAGGAUUCUAUAAUAGACUGAGCUGGCCAGGAACUGGGUGAGCUCCAGCCUCCAAGCUUGGUGUCUUCACCUCAGCAAUCCUGGGGUUACAGCUGUACCUACCUUCCACAUCUAUCUGUGGAAUACUACAGGUCAAACCCAGGGCCUUCUGGAUGCUUCUGGUCCAUCAACUGCUCUCAGCCCAAUCCUUGUAGCUCAUAAUCUUCAAGGACACAUACCUCUACCCUGAAAGUACAGAAGACUCUCUCUUCUUUAAUUUGACGACUACUCCAUGGCUCUGCCUGUAAAGUGUAGCCUCAGACUCUGGGAGGUAUAUGUCCUGGCACCCUGUGAAGGUCAGAGAGCAACCUGAGGCACUCCAUGCUCUCUUUGUCCCCUGGGGCCUGGGAUCAAGUUCAGAUCAUCAAGCACCUUUACCCCUAAGCCACCCUCCUGUGUUUCUAAGGGUAUUUUUUCCACUUCUACUGCUCAUUAUAGGACACUCUGUUUCUGAAUGUUUUGGUUUUAAUGUGUUUGGACAUUUUGAUUUUUGAGACAGGAUCUCAUGGUAGCCCAGGCUAGCAUCAGAGUCAUUAUGUAACAGUAACAGCGGAUGACCUUGGCCCUUUGCCCAGCUGCCUGUCAAGCACUGGUGGAGUCCAGGGAUAAGUCACCCCUCCUAGCACCGGCUUUUGUUUUUGUUUUGUUUUUGUUUCUGAGAGACAAGAGACUCUCUCUGUGGCUUAGGCUAGCAUUGGAUUUAGAAUUCUGUCUUCAGCGUGCUAGGCUUACAGCUAUGCACACUAGUACAUUAUGGUACUGCAGGAGACUCAAUUAUUCCUUUGCCUCUAGUCCCUUCUGCUGAUUCAUCCUAACCCCACAAUCAGUAAUGAAAAUUAAUUAGAGCAUACACCAUGACACUCAAUGUCAUGUUUCCCAACUGCUUAUGUAGUCCUAGGACUUGGGGAGACUCUCGCUCCAGUCACGGGUUGGGGUACCCCCAGGAAACACGAGAAGCCGGUCUUGAUGUAAUCAGCAAGAGGCAGUUUUAUUUACGAGAUCUCGGGCUGACACGUAUCUCACACAGGAGAUUGAGUCAAGCCCCGAGCCUCUCUAGGCAGGAGCUUAUAUAGGGAAAACCAGUAAUUGGCUAGUACAAAGGGUGUACAGUUAUUUUUUUUUCUGCGCGGAAUUGUAUUAACAAAGCAUUCUAGCAUCUUGGCAACAUGGGCUAGGUGUCUUAUCUCGCUCAACUAAGGGAUGACUCAUCAGGGAGUGAAGGAAAGGAAGGGAGGUAGCUCCAGGGGUAGCUCCAGAUGGCCAGUGUCCUUGGAGCCCUAUCUCAAUUCUUUCAGGCAUAGUCAGACUUUGUUCAUGACUAACUUUUAGAAAUUUUAACCCUUCACUUACACGAAUCCAAACCCAUACUAUACCCGGGUGGGGGUGGGGGGGAACCUUGGAAGAAGCAGGAGAAUUAAUUAGCUCAAGUUAUCCUCAGCUACACAGCAAGUUCAAGGCCAGCCAAGGCUACUUGUGACCCUGUGUCUAAAAGCUUUAAAAGAGAGAUGGUUAGGUGGCUCAGGGGUCAACCUAAUAUGCUGCCCUUCCAGAGGACCCAGGUUCGGUUUCUAGAAGUUAGCUUCCUCACCUCUGACUUCCAGAUGCCUCUGCACUCAUGCGCACAUGUACAGAACUUAAGAUGAUAUUGUUUUAAGGUCAGGCUGAGUAUGCCGCUUGUAUCAUGACUAUACUUCCAGAAUGCAGCAGGCUGAGGCAGGGAUGGCUUCCAAUUGAAGACCAACCUGGGCAAAACUUUCUCUUCCAUAAAGCUUUCUUAUAAGUCAUCAACCACAAAUGAAUUUCUCUCAGUCCCAACAUUUAAGUUGUCACCUCCUAUGUGUCCCAUCCCAGCUUAUGGUUACUUCUUGUUUCGUGAUUAAAAGUUCCUUACUGAAAUAUUUCUUAGUCAGUACAACUGCAAAAUGCCUCUCUCCAUAUUCCCUGCCACAUCCUAUAAAACUAGGAUUCUACUUCUUGUCUUACAAAUAACCAUGUGGUCCCUGUUUCCUUAUUUACUGUAACUUAACAUUUAUUUAUAUUGGGUAGUGGGAGGCAGAAGCAGGCAGAUCUCUGUGAGUUCGAGGCCAGCCUGGUCUACAGAACAAGUAGCAGGGCAGCCAGCAAUACACAGAGAAACCCUGUCUCCAAACACUGAAGACAAAAAUGUAUAGAUUUAAUGCGUGUGUGGAGGUCAGAGACAAUGUUCGGGACUCAGUUUCCUUUCCACUGUGUGGGUUCCAGGGGUGUGACAGCAAUUGUCUUUACUCCCUGGGCCACUGUCUCCCCAGGCCUUCUUUUGUUUUGUGCCUCCCAAGUUCUGGAACUAAAGGUGUGCAGCCACUUUACAGGGUUUUAAAUCCAGGGUUUUUGUUAGGCAAGUACUCUACCAAUUAAGCCACAUUCCCAGCUCCCUUGCUUGCUUGCUUGCUUGCUUGUUUGUUUGUUUAUUUGGUUUGAGACAGGGUCUCACCAUUUAACUAACACUGGUGACUUGGAGCUUCCUAUGGAGGCCGAGUGUCUUAGUUAGGGUCUGUCUCUAUUGCUGUGGUGAAAUGCCAUAACCAAAAGCAGCCUAGUGAGAAAAGGGUUUGUUUGACUUCUGCUUGCUUCCACAUCACUCACUGUUCAUCACCGGACAUCAGGGCAGGGACCUGGAGGCAGAAGCUGAUGAAGAGGCUGUGGACAGGAGCUGCUUAAGUGACUUGUUUCCCAUGGCUUGCCCAGUCUGUUUUUUUUUUUUUUUUUUUUUUUUUUUUUGUUCUUUUUUUUUUCGGAGCUGGGGACCGAACCCAGGGCCUUGCGCUUCCUAGGUAAGCGCUCUACCACUGAGCUAAAUCCCCAGCGCCCAGUCUGUUUUAUUAUAGAACCCAGGACCACCAGUCCACGUAACUCCAGCUUGUGUGAAGUUGAUGUUAAGUCUAGCCAGUACACUAGUACAACAAAGAUCUUCACCAUUCUAUGCUGUGCUGGGGGUCAACCUGGGACUUCCACAGGGGCAAGCAAACUCUAUCAUUAUUUUAGACAGCAGGCUCAUCAUGUAGCCAAAAAUGAUCUUUAAAUUGAGUCUCCUGCCUCUGCCUCCCCGGGACUGGGGAAGCACUUCUACCAAUUGAGCUAUAAGACCAGUCACCAUAAAGGAUUCAUUUUUUAGACUUUUGGUGUGUUUGAGGAUGGGUAGGGAGCUAGGCUCUUCUGGCAGCCGAAGGACAACUCUGUAAAGUUGUCUUGCUCCUUCACCUUUAGGUGGGUUCUGUGUAUUGAACUCAGGACUUUAGGAUUGGGUUUCACUGGCAGGAGCCUUUGACCAGUUGAACCUGGCUCCACAGAAAUAAUCCCUUAAUAGUAAUCCAUGAAGUGUCCUCAUUUUGGAACGCGUGGAGCGGACUCCCCCUAAUUUCUAAGCGAAUCAAUGGUUAAGAGUGGUAUGGUGCAGGAGUCUGGAGAUGCCUCUGAGAAUAAGAGCCCUGGCUGCUCUUCCGGGUGACUCAGGUUCAACUCCCAGCACCCACCUAGAGGCAGGCACACGUCCACACAUGCACUCAAGGAAAAAAAAUGUUUAAGAACAGGUAUGGUAAAAAAACAAAACAGGAUAGAUAAUGCAAGCCUAUCGAGCCAGGACGAGAACUGCCUAAUGUUAGGACCUGCCUGGGCUACGCAGAGUUCCAGGGCAGCCUGAAAUUCAAAAAUUGGCACAAUGCAGCAGGCACUCUCAAGCAGGGACUAUUCCCAGGGAAACCAAGCACUUGGCCAGCGGAGAUGAGAGUUGCACAGGACAUAAAAGUACAAUCCGCGAGCCAAGCUUAGCAACCGCGCUCCGCCAACGGUACUCCUCAGAACCGCGAGAGCACUCAGCCGGAAGAGCCACGGAGUGGCCCGGCCAGCUCCCGGAAACUCCCGCCCCUCUCCCCUUUUACGGGAAGUCCUCGCUUGCGUCAGAGCGGCCCUAAGGCGGUGGCAGGGCACAACCUUCCUCACUCCUGACUUCCGCCUGCCUCGAGUCUGGAGUCGCGGCCUUCCCCGCUCUCGCCCCCCCUGAGCCUGCGGCGUCCCACCAUGUUUGGCCUUCGGAGAAACGCGGUAAUCGGCUUGAACCUGUACUGCGGCGGCGCUAGCCUCGGCGCGGGCGGCGGCUCUCCGGCCGGGACGCGCCUGGCGGCCGAGGAGGCCAAGGCGCGGCGCGAGGGGGGAGGGGAGGCCGCUCUGCUGCCCGGCGCGCGGGUGGUCGCCCGGCCGCCUCCGGUGGGCGCCGAGGACCCCGACGUCACCGCGUCGGCAGAGAGGCGGCUGCUCAAGUCGCCCGGCCUCCUCGCCGUGCCGCCUGAGGAGAUGGCCGCGUCGGCCGCCGCCAUCAUGUCUCCCGAGGAGGAGCUGGACGGCUGCGAGCCGGAGGUGCUCAGCAAACGCCCGGCGGUGCUGCCCCUACUGGAGCGCGUGAGCGAGGCGGCUAAGAGCUCCGGAGCUGACGGCUCGCUGCCCUCCACGCCGCCGCCGCCUGAGGAGGAAGACGACGAGCUGUACCGCCAGUCGCUGGAGAUCAUCUCCCGCUACCUGCGGGAGCAGGCGACGGGCUCCAAGGACGCGAAGCCUCUGGGCGAGGCCGGCGCAGCGGGCCGGAGGGCGCUGGAGACCCUGCGGCGCGUGGGCGACGGCGUGCAGCGCAACCACGAGACGGCCUUCCAGGGAUGGGUUUGUGGAGUUCUUCCACGUACAGGACCUAGAAGGCGGCAUCAGAAAUGUGCUGCUGGCUUUUGCGGGUGUUGCUGGAGUAGGGGCUGGUCUGGCAUAUCUAAUAAGGUAGCUUGUGAGUGCAAUAGGGGACUCUAAAACCUCCAGCCACCAACUACAUGCUUCUGUGAGAACAAAUGUGUUUAUGAAGGUGCACUUGAAGCUGCCCAGGAUUAUAACACGGCAGAAAGAAAGUGGCUACAGAAUUGUGGCUAACGAGAAUAAAUACAUGGGAAAAGUGCUCCCUCUGGAAGAGUCACUGUCUGAAUGAAGCAAAGUUCACUCUCAGCAAACUUUGGGAGGCCAUGGAGGACUUCUAGAAUGAAUGAAAAGGGUGAAUGGAAAGGUUUGAUUUCCUUGUCUGGAGAUGGAAGAGUGGCCAGUCACCAGGCUAGUCCUAGAGUUCAAUAAGUAUGCAGCACCCUUUACUUUGCUCCUAGUGCUGACAGAGAAGCCCUAACAAUGGUGGUGACUUGUGUAAAAUGGAUGUUUAACCUACAAAUAACCAAUUUGGCUAGAAGCUGCAGUGCUGUACAAGAGGGUGAAGGAGGAUGUGCUCUGAGCAGGCCCAGGUGUGCGUAAGUUUAUUAGUCUAGUGAUGGCCAAAAAGUACUUGACUUAAUAAGGUUCAUUAAUUAGUUACAAAACUGAACAGCCUCAAUUUUUAAGAAAACUUAUGAAAUGUAUUUGUCUGUAAAAAUUGUAUAUAUUUUUACAGAAAGUCUAUUUCUUUGAACAUAAAAAGGAAGUCUUGGAUUUAGUUUUUCCAUACCCUUUUGAAAUUUGCAACUUCUCUAGUUAGAAAUGUAUUUCUUACAGCUUUUUAAAACUUUGUCAUGAUCAGUUCUAGUGUAUAUGCAGAGCCAGUUGUGUGUGUGGACUGGUUGUAGUAGAACAAAUCCGAGUUAUAACUAUGCAGGGUUAAUUAUCCAAUCUGUUUCUGUAUUUAAGGAUCACAGGUAGAUGUAAGACAUUUGAUCCCCUGUUGACUUACUAAAUUGUAAAAUGCUUUGGGAAAGCAGACUAAUCUUUACCACGGUGCUAUUCACAGGCUUUACUUGUUUAACACAAGUUUAAGCCUGGUGUCAAUAAAACAAAUAUGUAUUUCUUUUCUACUAAUGACUGCCAAGCUUUGUUUGGAAUUUUUGUAUUGGUCUUUCUAGGUGUCUCACCUGUCUUAUUGAAUUAACCUUGGCUUCUCCUUCCUUUACAUGUUGGCUUGUUAUGCUUCCUGUUCCCCUAUAGAUGUAGUCGUCUGCAUUUCCUCCCUGUGCUCUUUCCUGGCCAUGUUAUCUGCAUUAGAACCCUUAACCCUAACCCCAAAACUUCAAACCUAAGUAAUCCUUCCCCCAUCCUAAGUCAGUCACCACAACUUUCUUGUUAGAGGAUAGUAAUACUUCCUCUUUGAGCCCUGUGACCAACAGUAACUAGGUAUGGACAUUCUUGGAAUGGGAUGUUUUCCAUUGUUACUUUAUCCUCUUUUGGUAAGAAAAGCAUCAAAGGUCCCCUUGGGAAUUUCAAAAGUUGGAGUGAGCUACAUCAUAGCUUUAUAGUUUGCUCCAAGUGUGAAUAUGUUCUCAAGUUUAGAGAAACAUGGGUUUCGUUAAACCCAGUUAUAUAAAAGCCACUGGUAAACUGAAGGUGUUUAAGCUAGGGUCAUUUGAAAGCUUCAGCCUCAGAAUGUGACCUUUAGUCAAGGCUGCAGAUAAAAAUAGGCAUGAAUCAAAUGACUAAGAAUGUAAUGGGGAAGAAGUACCCUGCCUACCCAUCUCAGACAUGAGGCCAUCUUGGUGGAGCAAUUUGUACCUAUGUAUUUAUCCUUGAUCAUAAUUUGCUUAUUUAUGUUUAUCUCUUUGGACUUAAGAGCACUUUAUGUAGUUGAAUAAACCCUAUAGGUUGAGGUAACUAAAAGGUUGGCCUCAUAAUCCAGUCAUGGAAGUUUUGUUUACUAGGAGCCUGACUUCCCAGCUCACAAGGUGUGAAAGCUGAAGUACAGAUAGGAUCUUAGUAGGUAUUUUCGGUCCAGGGCUAUGAAGACUUGGAGAGUUCAAAUGGUUGGGAAAGGGAUUGAUUUAGAAGGAAAGCAGCAUGUGGUCUGAGUGCUGACUAGAUGAAUAGUUGAGGCACAUCCUCCAAAGUGUGAAGAGGGAGGGGCUGUUUGGAAAGAUGGCUCUCAGCAAAUUCUGUUUGUCUUACACGUCUCUCAGGGAAAAAACAUGCAGUCUUCAAGCAUCGUCCAUGUACAUUCUGUCUGGGGUGAACACCUUCAUUCCGUAGAGCACCUAACAUUUUAACACCUGUUCCCGAAAGGGUUAGGACCAACUGCAAGUUAAUGUGGGUUGUAAAUGUUCCCCAGUCUGUUUCUUCUGAGGAAAAAAUAAACCUUUUCCCCCCCAAA